AAAAAAAGGAAAAAGCGAAGUAAAUUUCACCGAUCUGAAAGGCUUGGAUGCACACAACUCCAAGCUCUCUUUCUCCCUCCACCACAAUGCUCAGAUUCAGCGUCUUCCUCUGUUUUCUUUCUCUCUGAACCAUUUUUACAACGAAAUCCAGUUGUUGCAGUGAAGAAGAAGAAGAAGGAAGUAGGAACAAAAAUGGGAGGUUUUGCCAUUGGUUCUGCCUUUGAUUCCAAAUCUGGGCAGAUUAUAAUGGCUUCUUUGCUUUUGAUGAUUGUUUCCUUUUAUGCUGGCACCAUGUUUGGCAACAAUGCUCCCCUUUACAUAUCUCAGCUCCCUGCCCCUUCUUCUUCUUCAAAUUCUACUGCCAACAGUGCCUCAUCCAAUGGCACUUCCAGAUUUGCAAAUAAAGUUGCUCUGACUUACCGCAAAACUCCUCUAGUAAUUCCUGAAACUGGAAUAGAUGUAUGCCCUUUGAGGUUCAAUGAGUAUAUUCCCUGCCAUGAUGUUUCGUAUGUGGCAACAUUGAUCCCAAACCUUGAUGUUUCUAGAAAAGAAGAAUUAGAGAGACACUGUCCUCCACUUGAAAAGCGCUUAUUUUGCUUGGUUCCACCACCAAAGGAUUAUAAAAUACCUAUCAAAUGGCCUAUUAGCAGGGAUUAUGUUUGGCGAAGUAAUGUGAAUCACACACAUCUUGCAGAAGUCAAAGGAGGCCAAAAUUGGGUCCAUGAGAAAGGCCAGCUCUGGUGGUUUCCUGGUGGUGGUACCCAUUUCAAGUAUGGGGCAUCUGAGUACAUAGAGAGGCUUGGACAUAUGAUUACAAAUGAGGCUGGCGAUCUGCGUUCUGCAGGGGUAGUUCAAGUUCUGGAUGUUGGCUGUGGUGUGGCCAGCUUUUCAGCUUAUCUUCUUCCCUUGAAUAUAAAAACCAUGUCCUUUGCCCCCAAGGAUGGUCAUGAAAAUCAGAUUCAAUUUGCAUUAGAGCGAGGGAUUGGUGCUAUGAUCUCUGCUUUGUCCACAAAACAACUGCCAUAUCCUACUGGUUCAUUUGAAAUGAUUCACUGUUCAAGAUGUCGUAUAGAUUUUCAUGAGAAUGAUGGGGUUUUGCUGAAGGAGUUGGAUCGCCUUCUUCGCUUCAAUGGGUAUUUUGUAUAUUCAGCUCCACCUGCUUAUAGAAAAGAUAAAGAUUAUCCUGUCAUUUGGGAUAAGUUGGUGAAUUUAACUGCAGCUAUGUGCUGGAGACUCAUAGCUCAAAAAAUUCAGACAGCUAUAUGGAUUAAAGAAAAUAAUCCGUCAUGCUUUCAGAAAAUGGUAGAACAAAAGCUUAUAAAUGUCUGCGAUGCUGUUGAUGAUUCUAAACCUUCAUGGAAUAUCCCACUCAAGAAUUGUGUACAAGUUAGAAAUUCUAACUCAGAUUCUUACAAGCUUCCUGCAAGUCAUGAGCGCUUUUCAGUGUUUUCUGAAUACCUGAACAAGAUAGGUGUAAGUCCAGAUGAAUUUACAUCAGAUACUCUCUUUUGGCAAGAUCAGAUUCGUCAUUACUGGAGAUUGAUGAAUAUCAAGGAGACAGAAAUACGCAAUGUGAUGGAUAUGAAUGCCUUUUGUGGUGGAUUUGCUGUUGCAUUAAAUACUUUUCCUGUUUGGGUAAUGAAUGUAGUUCCUGCAAAUAUGAACAACACGUUAUCUGGAAUAUACAACCGGGGUCUUAUUGGAACUUUCCAUGAUUGGUGUGAGCCAUUUUCUAGUUAUCCUCGGACAUAUGAUCUUUUACAUGCCAACCACCUCUUAUCCCGCUACAAAACACAAGGGGAAGGUUGCUUGUUGGAGGAUAUCAUGUUGGAGAUGGAUCGUCUUAUACGACCCCUGGGAUUUAUUAUCAUUAGGGACGAGGAACCUAUCUUGUCAAGAAUCCAAGAGGUAGCCCUAAAAUUCUUGUGGGAGGUAGAGUCACAUUUGCUAGAAAACAAAGAAAAGAAGAUGGAAACUGUUCUAAUUUGUAGAAAAAAGUUUUGGGCAAUCGUCUAGGGAGAUUUGACUUACAAGCUUCUUCCAAGAUGGAAUUGUUUUUAAACUCUGCUAAUUUGUAAUGUGUAAGUGUUCUUUAUUUACUUUGUUCAUUGCUUGAUGAUCAUUUGGUGUACAUGUCUAGAGGGCACAAUGUGUAAAAUUGUACAUGAUUUGACUCCCACUUUAGUAAAAAAAAAAAAAAGCCUCCCACUUUAGCGACUAGGAAUAGAAAAUUUAAUUUCCCUGUCCCUGUGCUUUAAUCUUUGUUUUUUUUUUGUUCUUUCUACAUGCAUGAAUAUUAAAGAUAAAUGUAUAAAUCAAGUUAGUUUGGAGUCUCUUUAA